AGUGUACGUACGUACAUAUGUACAUGACGUAUGAUGCGCAGGAAGCACGGGGAAGUCUUAGCUCAGGUUGGACGAAGUCUUCAUUGCAAUACGUAGGGAGGAAAGGGAGUCCACCAGGGCUAGGGGAAGUCUUAAUUUUGGGAAUAUUGAGAGAUAGAAGUUGGUGUUUGGCUUAAUCUGGAAGUUGUUAAGCUUCUGGCAGUACUUUGUACACCUGUUUUGGACUGCUCUCAGGAUUUUGCCUGCCUCGUUUUCUAUACCCAUAGAUGUGACCAAGGCUACCUUUGUACUGUAACUUCAGAAUGUCUCCUUUGAUCACAUUCAUUGUGGCAAUCUGCUGUUCAGUAGACUCUACAAUAGCUAUAUGCAAAUGGCAAGGAACAGUUGCUAGUCAAGACAGCGCAGCAAAGACGGCUUUUGCAAAAGACAGAGAGGCUUUGAUAACACAGUGGAAUUUUCCCAAUGCAUUUCAACCAAUUGGGGAUAAGGAGAAUUUGACCUUCCCAUAUUUUCUGUGUCUACAAGUGUACUGUGAUGGAAAACUGUCUUCCAGAAUUGCCAGAACAAUCGCAUUCUCUGGCAUUCUUCCCAUGGUGAGAUUGACGCUUGCAGAGCAAGACACAGAAAGUUAUCACCCUAAUGCUGUCCAGUACAACUUACCUGGUGCUGUAGUUGAUGUAAAUGAUACUACGGUUCCAGGCAUUAUUGCAGAACUGAGCCAGCCAGCCUGGUUUGUACCUCUGUUUCUUGAUGCCAAAUCUAGAGUGAUGCACUUCGAUGUGAAGAUAGGAUGCUCUGGGUGUCAGAUAGAGACUUUCAGGCAGUUGGUCAACAUUGCUGAUGAUAACAUUUUGUCUGCAAAUAGGUAUGACAACAUCAGUAUCUUAAGUCUUUCAACCCUAAUCCAUCAGUUACCUGUACUGCUCUCAGGAAGGCCAUACCAAGCGAUUGCUUCCUACGGAAAAACCCCUACAUAUGUAAUAGGAGGGAUACCAGGCUCUGCGACAGUGAUACUAAGCAACAGUGAGUUUAUCACAACUAAGGCUGUAGAGCUUGAAGACGUAGUAAUAAAUAGCACUGCAGACAAGUUGAUCAUCCAUAAACAGCUCAUUCUAAUAGGUGAUAUACUAGAACACCAGAGAUACGUUACCUCUACCAAUGAGUAUAGUCACAUUGGACAGUGGAAUAACAGUUUAUCAGAUAGGCUGUUAUCUUGUCCUUAUGAUCUGCAAUUGGAGUUUGAUCAUCUACAACUCUAUGCCAGACAGGAGGAGUUUCAGUUUUGGAUUCCAUUUGUCUCUUUUGCUGAUGGACUGCAUACAAUGAAUUCCUUGCUUGUAUACCAGGCCGUUGUACACAACAUGAAAGAUCAACAGGAAGAUUUGGAACUUGAGGUUCGUGAAGGUCACACAUAUGAUCCAUUCUACCACUGGCGCCGGGAGCUGUUACCAUUUAUGGUAUUCAAUGAUUACAUGUUUAGGAACAGGUUUCUUUCAUCUGAUAUAGUAAUAUCACCAUUGGAAUACAGCAAGGUAUUCAAGAGUGAUGACAAAAAUGUUGCCACAACCAUGCCAGAUGAAAUCUUUCUUGAUUGUUGGGAAUCAUUUCACUUUGUAGUUUCCCUCACAAUUGAUGAAAAUCUUCUUAGCGGAGCAAGCUCAUUGGAUGAACUUUGGAUUACCCUGGAAGUAUCUGAUCAGAACCUGAUUGAUGUGAGCACAAAGAGAGAAGAAGUUUACGUUAACAGCUCUGUAAAAUACCAGCUACUUAUUGCAGACAAGGGGAGCCUGCAGACCCAGUUGGCAUCAGGUGUUGGCCUCCAUCGUGUCUCUGUAUCAAUAGAAGUAUGGAUGUCCCAAUGCAAGUGCUCGGCUUGUGAUAGCCAUGCUAGCAAGCAAUUGCAGCCAAUAUACCAACCCCUUCUUGUUUUGUGUGAUUACUGUUGUUUCAUGCAAUAAAAUCAGCUUGAAGAACUUGAUCCGGGGCACUGGCUAGAGACGCUCCUCCUGCGAUGGAUUGGGCAGGGCCAUCCUGCUGGUCACUUGGGGCUCCACAGUCAUGAGGGCCUGGCUGGGAUAACGGAGCUGCCGUGCUCGCACUGCUGGUUAUCCCGGCUGAAGUCUUGCCACUUAAAUCAGGGAUACUGGAACAGAGAAGAGGGGCUGGGUCUGCCGGCUCUCCAGCGGCCUGCUGGAGGGUCUCCUCUGUCAAGACAGGAUCAUCGGGCUGGGAUGUUAGGACUGGAUCUGCUGGCCCUCCAGCGGCCUGCUGGGGGGUCUCCUCUGUUAUUAAAGACAGGAUCAUCGGGCUGGGAUGUUAGGACUGGAUCUGCUGGCUCUCCAGCGGCCUGCUGGGGGUCUCCUCUGUUAUGACCGGGCUAUCAGCCAGGGCUGGUGAUACUGGAUCUGUGGGGUUGCUGGUGGGUCCCUGUUCUAUGUCUGGAGCAUACAUGGUUAUGACCAUCUCCGGCAGUUGUCGUUCAGCUGCAUUUCCCUCGUCUCUUAGUUUGUCUUGUUGAGGAUCAGUGUGGAGAGGACCAUCAGGAACACUGUCUCCUGUGUCGAGAAUCUCCGUUCGGGUAACCCUCUUCAUCGGCCCAGUCCCAUCAGCUAGUUGUACCACAUACACAUUUGUUUGUGGUCGUGCAAUCACCUUGUAGGGCGUUGCCUUCCAGUGAUCCCCAAUCCGUUCCGUAGGAGUACUCUGGUACCUAGAGCAAUGCCCUUGUCGUUUGCUUUGUCGUCCUGUCUCCCACACCUGGCCGCGCUCUUCCUCUAUAUUCUCGAGGGCCAUUUCAGCUGCCUGUCGCAGUUUUUGCUGAUGCGACGUCACCCAAGACUCAGUUGGUGGUGCUCCCAUGACAUCCUCAUCAAACAUCAUCACAUAGUCAUUUGGCAGCAAUGGUUCCUGACCCAUGAAUAUGUAGAAAGGGGAAAGGCCAGUGGAUGCAUGCGGGGUGCAGUUAUACAUGAACGUAAGUUCCUGUAGAUGGUCUGGCCAACGCUUCUUCUGCUCAGGGGGUAGGGUACGGAGAAGGUUGUGCAAAGUGUGAUUGAAUUUCUCGCACUGCCCGUUGCCCUCUGGAUGGUAAGCUGUUGUCCUGCUCUUUGAGAUCCCAUAUGCUGAGCACAGAUCCUUCACAAGCUGGGACUCAAAGUUCCUCCCCUGAUCACUGUGUAUACGGCGGGAAACUCCAUAUACUUCUGAAACCAUUCCUUUAUGAGAAUUUUGGCAACAGUGGAGGCUUUCUGAUCUCUGAAUGGGACUGCUUGUGUGAACUUGCUGAGGACAUCUGUCAUGACUAACACGUUUUCGCGUCCAUCUUACGUCUUCUCUAGUGUCGUGAAGUCGAUGGCUAGGAUGUCAAGGGGCUUGUCUGCUUGGAGUGUCCCCGUAGUCGGACGGACCCUGGGGGUUGGUGCCUUCGCCACUGUGCACCUUUCACAACUCUUUCACCACCUCUCCACAUCAGCCGACAUCCCGGGCCACCAACAUCUCUUUCGUAGGAGUGCGAGGGUGUGUUCCUGGCCUUGGUGGCCAGCCUGAUUAUGCAGUGCCCCUAGCAUUGGCUGGAGCUCUGCAGGCAGCAGCAGCUGGUGGUAUUGUCCCUCAAGGGGGUCUUGGUAUUUGAUGUAGAGCACCCCAUUCUUCUCGGCCACUCUGUCCCACCUUCUAACGAGGGCCCUGACCGCAUUCAACUCGUGCUUUAGGUCAAGCCAAGAGGGCUUUGUGCCAUAUCUCCAGUUCCUCACAAAGCCGGCAAUGGUAGGGUCCCUCUUCUGUAGUUCAGCGAGCAUCUCUGCGGAGUAGCUGGGUAAUGUCGUAGUGGUGGGGGGCGUGUCCAUUGUUGUAGUGCUGCGUACUUUCACAGUUCGGGUUUGCACGCCAGGGAUUUCAUUGAGGGGUGCAGACUGGGUCAAUUCUUGUGCCGCUUCUUCAAUGUGUACUGGAUGGCGGCUGAGGGCAUCAGCAUUUGCAUUUGCCUUGCCAGACCGGUACUUCUUCUGAAAGUUGAACUGAGACAACUGGCUAACCCAUCUCAACUCCGUGGCUCCAAGUUUUACCGUUUUGAUGUAUGAUAACGGAUUGUUGUCCGUAAACACGAGGAAUUCUGCGCCCAGGAGGUAGUCACAGAAUUUUUCCGUGACGGCCCACUUCAGUGCUAGUAGUUCAAGCUUCAUGGAGCUGUAGUUCUGCAUAUUUCGCUCAGUUGGACGGAGACUUCUGCUGGCAUAGGAGACCACCACUCGCCCUGAUUCUUGUUCCUGAGAUAGUACGGCCCCCAGGCCGUCAAAACUGGCAUCUGUCUCCAGGAUGAAUGGCUUGGUUAAGUCUGGGAACCCAAGAAUCGGUGGGGAUGUUAGUCUCUCUUGUAGGGUCUUAAAAGCCUGGGUGCACUCAGGACUCCAGCGGUUGGCAAAGUCCUGCUCCUGGCUUGGACUGGGGCGGCGGCGUCCUCUACCCUUCUGACAUUCUUGCUUGGUCAACAAGGCAUGCAAGGGUGCUGCUAUUGGGCUGAAGUGUUGGACAAAUUGCCGGUAGUAACCUGCAAGCCCAAGAAAGGACCACAGUUCAUGCUUGUUCUUGGGCGUCUUCCAUUGAGUGAUUGCCUCGGUCUUUCUUGGGUCAGUUGCAACACCCUCAGCAGAGACAAUGUGGCCCAGGUACUGACAUUCUUGACGAAAGAAGUGGCACUUGCUCGGUUUCACCUUAAGGCCAUGGUGCCUCAGAUGCUGAAAGACUACCUCUAGUCGUUGGAGGUGUUCUUUGAACCAACUCGAGAAUACCAGUAUGUCGUCCAAGUAGAGGAGCAAGCUGCUGUAGUUAAGGUCACCCAGAAUCACCUCCAUCAAUCGCUGAAAGGUCGCAGGGAUGUUGCUCAGCCCAAAGGGCAUCCUCAAGUACUCAUACAGACCCCCAGUACCCGCUCGAAAGGCUGUCUUGUGAAUGUCCUCUUCGGCAACGGCCACCUGGUGGUAGUCCUGGGCUAAGUCAAUGGAACUGAAGUAUUUUGCCCCCUUAAGGGAGUCGAGCACACAUACCGGUCGUUCAUCAUGAGUAGGGAUGUUGUGUGUUAUCGUCGAUGUGUAACCAAGGUCCUCGUCAUCAUGGCAGAACACAUCCUCAUACUGCCUCAAUAGCUUGGUGAGAUGCUUCUGUUGUUCUGGUUCUAAUGUGGCAUUACCAAUGUCAAUGUUGAAUGGUAGGGGUCUAUCGGAUGGUAUAUCUGUAGUGAUGCGGUUCGCAUGGGCAGUGGCCUCUUCAGGGUCAACCAUUUGGUGG